GGCCUUCGACAAAGUCCCCCACGACCUUCUGGCAAACAAACUAGUAAAAUGUGGGCUAGACAAAACUACGGUUAGGUGGAUCUGUAAUUGGCUAAGCGAACGAACCCAAAGGGUGCUCACCAAUGCGUCGUCUUCAUCAUGGAAAGAAGUGACAAGUGGAGUGCCGCAGGGCUCCGUCCUGGGCCCGGUUCUGUUCAACAUCUUUAUUAACGACUUAGACGAAGGGUUAGAAGGCACGAUCAUCAAGUUUGCAGAUGACACCAAACUCGGAGGGAUAGCUAACACUCCAGAAGACAGGAGCAGAAUUCAAAACGAUCUUGACAGACUAGAGAGAUGGGCCAAAACUAACAAAAUGAAGUUCAACAGGGACAAAUGCAAAAUACUUCACUUCGGCAGAAAAAAUGGAAAUCAAAGAUACAGAAUGGGGGACGCCUGGCUUGACAGCAGUGUGUGCGAAAAAGACCUUGGAGUCCUCGUGGACAACAAGUUAAACAUGAGCCUACAAUGUGAUGCGGCAGCUAAAAAAGCCAAUGGGAUUUUGGCCUGCAUCAAUAGGGGAAUAACGUCUAGAUCCAGGGAAGUCGUGCUCCCCCUCUAUUCUGCCUUGGUCAGACCACACCUGGAAUACUGUGUCCAAUUUUGGGCACCGCAGAUGAAGGGAGAUGCUGACAAGCUGGAAAGCGUCCAGAGGAGGGCAACUAAAAUGAUUAAGGGUCUGGAGAACAAGCCCUAUGAGGAGAGGCUUAAAGAGCUGGGCAUGUUUAGCCUGCAGAAGAGAAGGCUGAGAGGAGACAUGAUAGCCAUGUACAAAUAUGUGAAGGGAAGUCAUAGGGAGGAGGGAGCAAGCUUAUUUUCUGCUGCCCUGCAGACUAGGACACGGAACAAUGGCUUCAAACUACAGGAAAGGAGAUUCCACCUGAACAUCAGGAAGAACUUCCUCACUGUGAGGGCUGUUCGGCAGUGGAACUCUCUCCCCCGGAAUGUGGUGGAGGCACCUUCUUUGGAAGCUUUUAAGCAGAGGCUGGAUGGCCAUCUGUCGGGGGUGCUUUGAAUGCGAUUUCCUGCUUCUUAGCGGGGGGUUGGACUAGAUGGCCCUUGAGGUCUCUUCCAACUCUACUAUUCUAUGAUUCUAUGAUUCUAUGGUUUAGUUAUGUUGGUUUGUGAUGACAAGUACUGUACAGUAUGGAAUAAAUGUUCAUUUUUUUGUUCAACAAUAAAUGUGGAUUCUUCUUCGUGGAAAAAUAAGACAUCCCCUGAAAAUAAGACCUAGCACAUCUUUGGGAGUAAAAAAUAAUGUAAGACACUGUCUUAUUUUCGGGGAAACACGGUAGUGGUAAGUUUUGGCAUCCAGGGAUAUCUCUAAUUAGGUGCCAAUGUUUUCUAAUAAUUUUGUGGAUUUUUGGAGAGAAUUGUGUUAAAGUUAAUGGCCAAAUGAUGCGAUCAUUGUUUUGUUUUGUCUGUUCCUUUAGUAAGUUACUCCUGUCUAUAGAUUCUGCCUUCCUAAUAGCUGGUUUUAUGAUUCUUAUAGGAUAACCUCUCUCCUUAAACUGUUUCUUAAAGAUAGACACUUCUGUAGCAAGAUCCUCAGGGGAACUAGUGUUACGUUUCAAUCUUAUUAAUUGUGCAAAAGGACGUGAGAGUUCUCUGGAGCCACCCCUGCCGUGAUGGGAAACGAACCAGCUUCUAGUAGAUAUCAAGGCAUUUGGAAACCAAAGUGCAGAAAGGAAACCAGUCCUCUAGGAAAAAGGAUUCCUCUCAAGGGGCUGAUCCUGCAGAAUUCCUACAUUCACUUUGGAUUCUAGAGUAGAACCAUAGAAGAGACUGCAUGAGGCCCCUAGUCCAGGCUCCUGUCAUGCAGGAAAAGUACCCCUGACAGAUGAGCAUCUAGCCUCUGUUUAAAAGAUCCCAAAGGAGCCUCCACUACAUUUUGAGGCAGAGAGUCCCACUGCUGAAAAGCUCUUACAGUCAGGAAGUUCUUAAUGUUCAGAAGGAGUCUCCUUUCCUAUAAUUUGAACCCACUGUUGUGAGUAAUCAGAAAGGGAAAAACAAGAAUCAAGUGUCAAUAUUGCAAUUAAAUGUACAUAACUUUUGACAUGGAGGAGAAAGCAUAUAAAUGUAUUGAAUGUGGAAAGAGCUUUGGUCAGCAUGGAAACCUGAAGACACAUCAAAGGACUCACACUGGGGAGAAACCCUAUAACUGCCUGGAGUGUGGACAGAGCUUCACUCAGAAGGGACACUUACAUUCACAUCAAAGGACUCACACUGGGGAGAAACCCUAUAACUGCCUGGAGUGUGGAAAAAGCUUUGCUCAUAAUUCAACCCUCCAUGCACAUCAAAGGACUCACACUGGAGAGAAACCCUAUAUAUGUCUGGAGUGUGGACAGAGCUUCACUCAUAGUUCAAGUCUACAUUCACAUCAAAGGACUCACACUGGGGAGAAACCCUAUAACUGCCUGGAGUGUGGACAGAGCUUUGCUCGUAGUUCAGGACUACGUUCACAUCAAAGGACUCACACUGGGGGGAAACCCUAUAACUGCCUGGAGUGUGAACAGAGCUUUGCUUGUAGUUCAGCACUACGUAGACAUCAAAGGACUCACACUGGGGAGAAACCCUAUAACUGCCUGGAGUGUGGACAAAGCUUCACUCAAAGUUCAAACCUGCGUAGACAUCAAAGGACUCACACUGGGGAGAAACCCUAUAACUGCCUGGAGUGUGGACAGAGCUUCACUCAAAGUUCAGACCUACGUAGACAUCAAAGGACUCACACUGGAGAGAAACCCUAUAACUGCCUGGAGUGUGGACAGAGCUUCACUCAUAGUUCAGACCUACGUAGACAUCAAAGGACUCACACUGGGGAGAAACCCUAUACAUGCCGGGAGUGUGGACAGAGCUUCGCUGAUAGUUCAACUCUACGUAAACAUCAAAGGACUCACACUGGGGAGAAACCCUAUAAAUGCCUGGAGUGUGGACAGAGCUUUGCUCGUAGUUCAAGUCUACGUUCACAUCAAAGGACUCACACUGUGGAGAAACCCUAUAAAUGCCUGGAAUGUGGACAGACCUUCGCUCAGAUUGCAACUUUACAUCCACAUCAAAGAACUCACACUGGGGAGAAACCCUAUAAAUGCCUGGAGUGUGGACAGAGCUGCACUCACAGUUCAGACUUACGUUCACAUCAAAGGACUCACACUGGGGAGAAACCCUAUAAAUGCCUGGAGUGUGGACAGAGCUUCGCUCAAAGUGGAAACCUAAGUUCACAUCAAAGGACCCACACUGGGGAGAAACCCUAUAAAUGUCUGGAGUGUGGACAGAGCUUCACUCGUAGUUCAGGUCUACGUUCACAUCAUAGGACUCACAUGGGGUGAAACCGUAGAAAUGCAUGGUGUGUGGACAGAGCUUUUCACGGAAUAACAUUAUACAUAGACAUCAUAGAGUUCACCCUGGAGAGAAUGUUGUUAAUUGACACCAGAGUGUCAAAAGCAAGACUUGCAAAUUUUGGAAAUGCAAGCUCAGAGUUGUGACAUUUCAUCACAUUUCAUUCAUUCUGGAAG